AUGGCGUCUUCUUCAUCAGCUUCAUCCAUUCCCAACACCAGCUUCAAGUACGACGUAUUUCUGAGUUUUAGAGGUGAAGAUACUCGUAAGAGCUUCGUCGAUCAUCUUUACGAGGCUCUUCAGAAAGAAAGCAUUGAAACUUACAAGGAUGACAAGAAUCUUGAGAAAGGGAAAAAAAUCAGCAAGGAGCUCAUUCAAGCCAUUGAAGAAUCACGAGUCCAUGUCAUUGUUUUCUCCAAGAACUACGCAUCUUCGUCUUGGUGUUUGGACGAACUUGUCAUGAUUACGGAGUGCCAAAAGAGGCAGACUGAGCAGACCCUUUACCCCAUCUUCUAUGAUGUGGAACCGACUGAAGUCCGUAAAGCAUUUGGAGAAGCAUUUGCCAAAUGUAGAAAAGAAGAGUCUGAAGAGAAAUGGAGAAAGGCUCUACAAGAUGCAUCAUCGUUCAGUGGGAGGGACUUGAGGACCACCGCAGAUGGGUAA